CAUAUAAACUUUAUAUCUACUGAGAAGACAGCAAAGAAAUGACGGGAAUAAGUAGCGAUUUAAUCACAAAAUGCCAAACGGAGUUCAGUAAAGAUGCGAAGAAUCAACUGUCUUUGAAUUUAGGAACCAAGACUGAUUUACUUGAGCUUUGCCUUGACCGGCAAGCCAUCGAGAAUACAAAUCAUGUUUUCACUCAUAAGGUGAAUGAAGUAAAACCCAUGACCAAUCAAAAGUCAUCAGGACGUUGCUGGAUCUAUGCACUGUUUAACUGCAUGAGGCAAAAGUUUGUACAGAAGAUGAAUUUAGAUGAGUUUGAAUUCAGUCAACAAUAUCUGUUCUUCUGGGACAAGAUAGAGAGAUCCUAUUUCUUUAUCAAUGCAUAUGUUGAGCUUGCUAAGAAGGGAGAGGAGCCUGAUGGACGUCUCAUGUCGUAUUUAUUGAGUAACCCAAUGAAUGAUGGAGGACAAUGGGAUAUGUUGGUGAACUUGGUUGAGAAGUAUGGUCUUAUACCUAAAGCUGUCUGGCCUGACUCACAUAGUGCAAGCAGCUCUCGUAGGAUGAAUAAUAUCCUCAAUAAUAAGCACAGAGAGUUUGCAUCAAAGCUGAGGAAGAUGGUUCAAGAUGGUUGUUCUAGUGAACAAAUAGAAGAAGCCAAGAACAAAAUGAUGGAAACGGUAUAUCGUGUGGUAGUAAUAUCCUUAGGAAAACCACCAGAGACUUUUACAUGGGAAUUCUAUGACAAGAGUAAGAAAUACACCAAAAUAGAAGGGCUCACUCCAUUAAAGUUCUACCAGGAUCAUGUCAAACCUGUUUACAAUGUGCUUGACAAGGUUUGUAUUGUAAAUGACCCAAGAAAUGAGUACAACAAACUAUACACCGUGGAGUACUUGGGUAACUUUGCUAAUGGCCGUCAAAUAGUAUACCUCAAUCAACCUGUUGAGGUCCUAAAGUACCUGGCAGCAGCAUCACUUAGAGAUAAUGAGGCUGUUUGGUUUGGCUGCGAUGUUGGUAAACACUUUGCAAACAAAAUUGGAGCUCUUGAUACAAAAAUACAUAACUAUGAUUUAGUGUUUGGUUUGUCAUUACUUGGUAUGGACAAAGCACAACGGCUCAUCUAUGGUGAAUCUCUCAUGACACAUGCUAUGACACUUACUGGACUUUCUUUUGACCUUGAGGAAAAGACAGAGGAAGAACCCAAGGAUGAAUCCACACAGCCAGUAACCCUGACACCAAUCAAGACAUCUAAAUGGAGGGUUGAGAAUUCAUGGGGAGAUGACAAAGGAGACAAGGGUUACCUGGUGAUGACAGAUGACUGGUUUACUGAAUAUGUCUAUGAAGUAGUUGUGGACAAAAAAUACAUCCCACAGGACAAGCUUGAUUUGUUAAACCAAGAUGUAGUAGUCCUGCCUGCAUGGGAUCCCAUGGGUGCUCUUGCCUGUGUCCAGUGUGAUGAACAUGGACAUAAAUCAGCUAAAUUAUAACUUGGUGUAUAUGCAAAUAAUUAUCCACAGGCACAAACAUUAUUGGAAAGGCUUAUUUCAACCAAUACAAGGGAAAUUUUCUCAGCACUUGUUUUCCACAUGUAUAAAUAAUAUAUUCAUGUAUAGUCAUUUUGAUUUAACUUUGCUGUGAAAAUGACAUUUUAGUUACGGUAGUAUUUGUUGGUAAAGAACAAAAGCAAACAGUCAAAUGCAGUCAAAUGAACACGAUCCUAUGUGUUUUUUUUUACAACAGGGUAAUUAUCAUACAUAACUUAAGACAGAGACCAACUCUGCUUAGGAUGACAAAAUAGAGCAAACUUGCACAAAUUUCUACAAAUCACUUUCCAGUUUUAAUAAUUUAAUGCACCAAUGAAAUAGAUUUUUGACAAUCCCAAAAGAACAAAAUACAAAAUAAGGUAGACUUGUGAAGUCUUGUCUACAGAUAAGACAAUAACCUGCACAAAAUAUUAUGCUAUGGGAAAGAAUGUUUUAUUCGUUUGAUUUGGUCUCAGAUUAAACAUCUUAACAAUUAAACACAAAUUGCCCCAAGACAUGGAAUCUGGAAUCCCACAAUAUUAAUUUUCGCUUUGGAAUCUGGAAUCCUGACAACGAAAACUGAAUUAGAUAAAAAAGGGGAAUUCAGAAGGUCCAAAUUACUUAAAAUGUUUCCUAAAAAACAUCCAGUAUGUCAAAAUCCAGUAUGGUGGAAUCUAGAAUCAUUGCACAAUUUCCAUGGAAUCCAGAACUCAGAAAAUUCGUUGUGGGGCAAUACAAAGGAAUGAAGUCAAGCUUGUGCAUCAAAAUAAUCACAGCAAGUAUCAUAAGCUAGUCUCCUUUGCGACCUUUUUUGUUUUCAAAAGGAAAAUGGGUGUGAAGAAUAUGAAUAUAAACAAUAGGUUAAAUAUGUUAGUGUGAACCAGGCUAGAACCAGUCCAUAUGGACUGUUGGUUUUCCAUUGUCUGUGAAAACAGAUUACCACCUUUUGCUAGUUGAUAUAACAACUUUACAACACAGUUGCAAUCAUUUUGAAUUCAUUAUUUCCUAGGCAAUCUGUCUCACAAAUAUUUUUUACUUGCGCUUUUUGCAGUAAUGUAGAAGUGUAGCCAAAAUCUUAAUUAAAACAAUAUUCAUUGCA